UGAAUUAGAGUUUCACCAGUGAAGGGCUUGCAAAGUCCAAGGUUUGCAGCGCACCCUUGGUAAUCACCGGGCCACAGGUGAGCCGUUAUCGGCUACCGUUAAGAACCGUUACCAUUCCUGGGAUUUCCCAGCCUGGUGGAGCAUCUGACUGGUGAGUGUGCCAGCUGGCCUGUGUGACCCAGCUCCUGCUCUGCCUGGCUUCUCUCUCCUGGGAAGAUGUUCCUGGUGGGCCUAACAGGAGGCAUUGCCUCAGGCAAGAGCUCCGUCAUCCAGGUGUUCCAGCAGCUGGGCUGCGCUGUGAUUGACGUGGACGUCAUUGCCCGGCACGUUGUCCAGCCAGGGUAUCCUGCCCACCGGCGUAUAGUGGAGGCCUUUGGCACUGAAGUCUUGCUGGAGAAUGGCGACAUUGACCGCAAGGCCCUUGGAGACCUGAUCUUCAACCAGCCUGACCGUCGGCAGCUGCUCAACUCCAUCACCCACCCUGAGAUCCGCAAGGAGAUGAUGAAGGAGACCUUCAAGUACUUUCUCCGAGGGUAUCGCUAUGUGAUUCUGGACAUCCCCCUGCUGUUUGAGACCCAGAAGCUGCUCAAGUACAUGAAGCACACAGUGGUGGUGUACUGUGACCGCGAUACACAGCUGGCACGGCUGAUGAAGCGGAACAACCUGAACCGGGAGGAUGCCGAGGCGAGGAUCAAUGCCCAGCUGCCCCUGAAGGACAAGGCCCGCAUGGCCAGCCACGUCCUAGACAACUCGGGCGAGUGGAGCCUCACCAGACGCCAGGUCAUCCUCCUGCAUGCCAAGCUGGAACGCUCCAUGGAGUAUCUGCCGCUUAGGCUCGGGUUCCUGACGGGCCUCGCAGGCAUCGCCAGCCUCCUCUACCUGCUCACCCGUUACCUUCUCCCUUCCCCCUAGCUGGGUACACCCAGGCAGCAAGCCUUAGGCCUCCUUCUCUUGAGGCCUAAGUUUGGUACCAUGUCCACAACACUACACUCUCUCUGACUCUGAGACUGGCCUCUGUGGUGGGCCAGCUCUGGAGUGUAACCAGUCUGGGACUCAGCAAAAGAAGCCCACUGACAGUAUGUACCUCUUCCUCCCCCACCCCCAUUCUCCCCAGAGCCCUGCCAUCCCCAACUACCACCUGCAGAACAAUAUCCAUGGUGGCAGGAAAACAGCAGUUAGCAGUCUCUGUGGCUCUCCCCACGGUUACGACUAUGUAGCCAAAAGUGUCUUGGGCUUGAAUGUCUCAGAGCAUCUGCCCCAUCAUGGCUACAAACUUCCUAGUGGACCACAGCAAAUCCCUCCAGACUCCAGGCCUUCAACAGCACUCUCUCCUGGGUGCCGUGGGAGUCUCCUCCUGGGCGUGCUGUGCCUGGGUGAGGCAGAGCCCUCUGGAGAAACCCAGCUGCUUACAGAGCUACCCUCGGCCACUCCCUUCCCGACUCUGCCUCUGAGCCCUGUGCUCUUGGCGUUCCCCCAAUGCUCUCUUACCUCUGUGCCUUCCCCUGAGUGCUCCCUGCCCGCAGUAUCUUAUCCCUGGCUGCCCCAGGUCAGGCACCAGCAGCCCCAGACUGAGUUAGGUGCUGUAAAGAUCACCUACUGUUUCAUCUUAAUCCACAAUAGGAUAAUCUGUAAACUGGUUGGGUUCUCCCAGACUGUACGCCUCUAGAUGGCAGGGCUGAUUCAUCACCACUCUCGUGUACUGCAGCCUGCUCUCCACUGGUGCUCAAUAAAUUGAAUUGAUCUGAAAUGUC